UUCAGAUUCUUGCAACUUACUCUGAGCUCUCAGAUUCUCAAAGAUAUAACCUUUUUAUCACCAGAAUAGAAUAAUGCCUUCCAUAUCCAUUAAAACCCACGCUCCUGAUUAAUUUUCGGAAUACGACAAGGUUCUCCUUCGUGUUGCUGACUCACCCUGUUGCUGACUCACCCUUCUUCCUAUCAAUGAACACACCCAUUGAUUGGAUUACGUCUGGAGAAGUAAUUUUUGGAAUUUGAAGAGAAUGGGGACUCAGUUUGAGGCACAAUCAAACUUUACUGAAUCUGGGAAUUAUGGGUGUUCCCAUUACAGGAGGAGAUGCAAGAUCAGAGCACCUUGUUGCAAUGAGGUAUUCGAUUGUAGGCAUUGUCAUAAUGAAGCUAAGAAUGCAUUGGACAGUAAUCCUCAGGAUCGACAUGAUAUUCCACGCCAUGAUGUUACAAAGGUCAUAUGCUCCCUCUGUAACAAAGAGCAAGAUGUUCAGCAGAAUUGCAUAAAUUGUGGAGUUUGCAUGGGGAAGUACUUCUGUGCAAAGUGCAAAUUCUUCGAUGAUGAUGUCACAAAGAAUCAAUACCACUGUGACGAAUGUGGAAUAUGCAGAACUGGUGGUAAGGAAAAUUUCUUCCAUUGUAAACAAUGUGGAUGUUGCUAUUCAAAGUUAAUGAAAGAUGCUCACCGUUGCGUGGAAAGAGCAAUGCAUCACAAUUGCCCUGUUUGCUUUGAGUUUCUGUUUGACACUAUGAAAGAUAUUACCGUGUUGCCUUGUGGACAUACGAUACAUUUAGAAUGUGUGAGACAGAUGGAACAACAUUACAGGUACUCAUGCCCAGUUUGCUCAAAGUCCAUCUGUGACAUGUCCAGAUUGUGGAGAAAGCUUGAUCAAGAGAUUGCUGCAACUCCAAUGCCUGACAUUUACCAAAAUAAAAUGGUGUGGAUUCUUUGCAAUGAUUGUGGCGCAAACUCCCAUGUACGAUUCCAUAUUGUGGCACACAAAUGCCUAAGCUGCAAGUCCUACAAUACUAGACAGAUACGAGGAGGCUCAGGUGCAUCUUGCUCGUCAGAGACGGCUGAAAUGGUGAGAUGAAUGUUGGUAUCACAAGAAAGGCAUUCAAAUCCUCUUGUAUUCAGUCGUCUGCUCAAACUACAGAUUGAAUGAUCAAGAUGCAUCGGAUUUGCGAAGAAGCCAAUUUUUAUGCAGAUUGAUUUUUGCCAAUGCAUGGAACUUUCUGUGACAUUCCUACUUGAGAGGUUACUCAUAUAACUACCAGCAUGGACCUCUUCACCUCAAAUGUGUUGCAGAUUUUUUUUCUUUUUUUUUUUAAUUUUCGGUCUCUUUGUAAUUAAGAAAAUAAAAUAACAUUGAGAAAAGUAUUCAAAUGAGAUUACUAUUCCUUUGAAUGAAAUGAUUCCAGUCUUUGGAAUUGUUAGUCCAUUAAA